AUAAAAUAUAUAUAUUUUUAAGAAUCAAAACCAUCUAAAACCCAAAACGGAGGGAGUACAUGUCAGAUACAGUACUUAUUAAUUUCUGCUGCUACUGAUCUAAAUUAUUGCAUUGUUCACUCGAGAGGUUAGAGAUCUUUGGUCGGUAGUAGAUCUCAUCUCACACAGCCCCGUCGUCAAAGUCAAGAAAAGUAAUCCCUGGCGCCGCAACCUCUUUGAGAUUCCGCGAUUGAUCCUAUAAGUACAGCCCCAGUUUGCCGCUCCCGUAAAUAACAGCAGCAAGAGCUAAAGCACAGCCACUCCCAUUGAGCCAUGGCAUGUUCGAGGUCAGACCAGAGCAUUCACGUGCUCCUAGUCUCGUACCCGACCCAGGGCCACAUCAACCCGCUGCUCCAGUUCGGGAAGCGGCUCGCCGCCCACCCCGGCGUCCGGUGCACCCUGGCGGUCACCCGGCACGCGCUCUGCUCAGGCAGGCAGCCGCAGCCCGGCGCGGUCCACGUCGUCACCUUCUCCGACGGCUGCGACCUCCGCGGCUACGACGAGGUCGGCGACGAGCGGGGCUACCUGGCGCGCCUCGAGUCGGCAGGGUCGGAGUCCCUCGGCGAACUCCUCCGCGCGGAGUCAGCGAGGGGCCGCCCCGUGCGCGCCGUGGUUUACGACACGCUCCUGCUCUGGGCGCCGCGCGUGGCGCGGCGGCACGGCGCGGCCUGCGCGGCCUUCUUCACGCAUGCGUGCGCGGUGACCGUGGCGUACGCGCACGCAUGGGCAGGGGGGCUGACGCUGCCGGUGCAGGAUGCCCCGCCGGAGUCGCUGCCAGGACUGUCCGUGACGCUCGGACCGGCAGAUCUCCCCAAGGACCUGAGCGACCCUGGCAGCCACUUGGUCUACCGUGAGCUGAUGCUAGAGCAGUGCCGGGCGCUCGAGGUGGCAGACCACGUUCUCGUCAACUCCUUUCACGAGCUGCAGGCCCAGGAAGCCGAGUACAUGGCGUCGAGGUGGGGCGCCAAGACGAUUGGCCCAACCGUGCCGUCGGCGUACCUCGACAACCGCCUCGCUGAAGACGUAAGCUACGGCUUCCACCUGCACACGCCGAUGACGGCAGAAAGCAAGGCUUGGCUCGACGAGAGGGAUGCGCACUCCGUCGUGUACGUCUCCUUUGGCAGCCUUGUGGCCCUAGGCUCGGAUCAGAUGGCUGAGGUGCGCGAGGGGCUCUACAACAGCGGCAAGGCCUUCUUGUGGGUUGUUAGGGCCUCUGAAACUUCAAAGGUACCCAAAGGCUUCACGGAUAAGGUGAAGGAAAGAGGCCUCAUUGUGACAUGGAGCCCGCAGCUAGAUGUGCUAGCGCACCCUUCCAUUGGUUGUUUCGUCACGCACUGCGGAUGGAACUCGACGAUGGAGGGACUAGGUGCUGGCGUACCGAUGGUGGCAAUGCCACAGUGGGCAGAUCAGCCGACGAACGCCAAGUACAUUGAGGACGUGUGGCGAGUCGGUGUGAGGGUACGACCUGAUGUGGAAGGAAUGGUUAUGAAGCAAGAGCUGGAAAGGUGCGUGAGAGAGGUGAUGGAAGGAGAGGCGGGCAAACAAUUUAGGAAGAACGCUAGAAGCUGGAGCCACAAGGCAAAGAAAGCCAUGGCUGAAAGGGGAAGCUCGGACAGUAACAUGGUGGACUUCCUUACCAAACUCCGAACGGAUUGAUAUGCAUGGAAACUUGAUGUGGAGACCAGAAAACUCAUCGAACUAUUUCUUGUUCUGCAGUCGAGGCCGCGACGCCUGCUAUGGCCGUUUGCUCAUUUCAACAUUGUUUGUUGCCUAUUUAUCCUUUUACUUACCUCUGUAUGAUGUCAAUCCUAUCUGUAAUGAAUUUCACUAUAUAUAUGAUUUCCAACAA